AUGCCCCGUCGCCUCGUCCCCAUUGCCCCCUCGUCCCCACCACCGUCGUUCCGUCGUCCUAUCGCCCCGUGGGCUCACUUCAUCGCCCCACUGGCGAUCGCCCCGCCCCCGAUCGCUCCACCGCCCAGUCUCUUCAUCGCCCCAUCUGCCACGGCCCGUCGUCCCAUCGCCUCACCAUCCUCGGGCGCGUCCCCCCAUCGCCCCACCGCCCCGAGUCGGGCGGGCGGCGCGCGCGUCCUACCUCCUCCGCCUCGAGAAAGUCGAGCUCGGGCAGCACGGAGCGCGCGAGUUCGCUCAGCUGCUUCUUGGAGGCGGCCAGGUCGCGCUCGGCCAGUCCGUUCAGCACGCACAAGUGGUAGAGCCAGGUGGUGGACGCCGCCUUGUAGAUCGGGCACCACGCCAGCCGGUGAGCCCUGUAGGUCAAAAAUAAGGAAUCGGCCGCCGCCCCCAGGACAGCCGCGUCGCGCCGCGCCGCGCCCGGGCUUGGCAGCGCAACGCCUCGCCGCGAAGAACCAAGAACCAAUUAUCUGUACUUGGUCACCCACGUCCUGUUCGGGAUAUAGCCCAUUAAGGAAAAGAGUAAAGCCAAAUCUUAAUAUCCCAGAUGGGAGUUGCAGCAAUCGCUCUAGACUAGAGCUGUGGGUUCGAAUUGCAAGUAAGGCAUGUAUGAUUCCAACCGGAAAGAAGAAGAAGAAGAAUAUCGAGGAGAAGGAGGAGGAAGAAGAGGUUGAGGAAAAGGAGGAGGAGAAAAAGAAGAAAGUGUGCCAAAAAAAACGAAAAGAGGAGGAAAAGAACAUUAUAGAGAAGAGGAAUAAAAAGGGGGAUGGGGAGAAGAAAAGGGAGAGAGAGAAUAAAAGGGUGUCAAAUGGAUUGAAUAACUUAUUAAUUGUAUCCUGAGUAUUGAACCAGUUAAAUUUAAGCAAGAUGACCUCCGAACUAAGAUCACGUGUGCAAAAUUUACCGAGUGGAGACUCUCCAGAUUCAUCAUUUGACAUAGAUGAACAACCUGUUCCAGUCAAAGCAAGUAAUAAGCGAGUUGGUGGUCAACCGAUACCCAUUAUCAUUCCUAAAGAUGAUCACUCAUUUGAACUAGAUGAAGCUGCUUUACAGAAGAUAUUACUUCAGACUAGUAUAAAAGACAAGAACGUUGUUCUUGUAUCAGUUGCAGGUGCAUUUCGUAAGGGAAAAUCAUUCUUGUUGGAUUUUUUCCUGCGUUAUUUACAUGCUGGCGGAAAUGAUAAUUGGAUUGGAGAUGAUGAUACCCCUCUGGAUGGAUUUUCAUGGAAAGGUGGCUCGGAACGUGACACAUCUGGUAUAUUGAUAUGGUCUGAACCUUUUAUUCGAACCCUGCCAAGUGGUGAACAGGUAGCUGUGCUUUUGAUGGACACCCAAGGUUCCUUCGAUUCAGAAAGCACUGUGAAAGAUUGUGCCACAAUUUUUGCCCUUAGCACAAUGGUUUCAUCUGUGCAAAUUUUCAAUAUUUUUCACAAUAUCCAAGAAGAUGAUCUUCAACAUUUACAGUUGUUUACGGAAUAUGGAAGAUUAGCAUUGGAAGAUGAUGCAGGUAUAAAACCUUUCCAGAAGCUUCUCUUUCUGGUUCGUGAUUGGUCCUUCCCUUAUGAAGCUCAAUAUGGUUCUCAUGGAGGAACUGUGAUAUUGAAUCGAAGGUUGACAAUAUCUGACAAACAACAUCCAGAGCUUCAGUCUUUGAGAAAGCACAUAAAAUCUUGCUUUGGUGAAAUUGCGUGUUUUCUGAUGCCUCAUCCUGGAUUAAAAGUUGCCACUAAUCCAGAAUUCAACGGCAAACUUUCAGAUAUUGAAUCUGAUUUCAAAAGUAAUUUGAAAGUACUUGUUCCUCUUGUUCUAGCUCCAGAGAACCUCAUUGCUAAAGAGAUAGCUGGUCAAAAAGUUAAAGCCAAAGACUUACUGCAGUACUUUAGAUCUUAUAUUCAGAUUUAUCAAGGAGAUGAACUUCCUGAACCGAAGAGUAUGCUUGUUGCAACAGCUGAAGGCAAUAACCUUGCAGCAGUAGGAAAUGCAAAGGAUAUGUAUAAAUCUCAGAUGGAUGAUGUGUGUGGAGGCACUAAACCAUAUUUAAGUACGGCACAUCUGGAAUCUGAGCAUUUUAGGAUCAAAGAAAAAGCUAUUCAACAGUUUGUUAACAAAAGAAAAAUGGGUGGUGAAGAGUUUUCCGAAAAGUACAAGCAGGAGUUAAUCAAAGACUUGGACGAUAUGUUUAUCCAGUUCAAAGCUCAGAAUGAAGGGAAGAAUGUGUUUAAGGCUGCCCGCACACCUGCAGUUCUGUUUGCUGUGGCAACAGUGACAUAUAUAUUGUCGGGUAUAUUUGGUCUCAUUGGAAUCUACUCUCUUGCCAACUUGUGCAAUUUGGUGAUGGGUGUGGCACUCUUGACUCUUUGCACGUGGGCAUAUGUACGUUACAGUGGCGAAAUGAGAGAGCUAGGUGCACAAAUAGAUGAAGCUGCGGAAUUUUUGUGGGAAAAUUUAAUGAAGCCUACAUACCAGCAAUUCGUAGAAGUGAGCCUUCAGCAAGCUGCCAUGCAGGCUGUUGCAACAGCCGCUGCCAAUACGACAGCAGCUGUUGUUGAGAGCAACGGGAAGGCAAAGCAGUCCUGAUUCUUGAUUAACUUUCAUGAAGCUUAUUAGUAUGCUCCAUGAUGCCCUAACCAAAUUGAACUUUGCCAACAUGACAGUGAUAAGUUUUUGUAUGUUUUUUGUCAUGAUGAAUACCAUAUUUUAAGUGCCUUAUUGUUACAGUUAUCCUUCCAUGUUGUAAUAAAGAUAUACUAAAAAAGUGUUAACUAUGCAAAUACAUUUUAUAUAUAAAUAUAUAGGGGUAGUUUGAGCUUGGUUAUCGUGUGUAAAUACAUAUCGUGUCGGAUGAGGACAGUUAAAACUAGUUCGCCUUUUACUUGUGAUUUUCAUGUUUUAAAUAUGGUUUGUUAUUGAAAUUUCACUCUCGUUUUUGCACAUCGAGUGCAGAUUUUUAUUCAAAGUAUUUUUAUGAGGUUACCGUGAAUAUUCCAAACUUGCCUUUUUGCUGGAGUAUUCUUUAACCUGUUCAUCAUGGUUUUGUGAUAAGAUGUCUUAUUACAUUACUGUGGGCAUUGGCAAAUAUCAUGAUUUCUCCACUCUGCACAAUAAAUUACUACAUUAUCAGUAAACUGGCUGCUGCACAUGAAACCAAGAAUGCACUCUUGCACUUCAACUACUGAAGAAAACAUGAAGUACACAUGGAAAACUUGAAACAAUAUCAUAUACACCUCUCAGUACUUUGUAUUCACUAUGUAAGCAUAUCUUUCCCCAAACUCUAAAUGUUACUGCAAUAUAUUUUGCCUCGAGGCAUUUAUCUUAUACAGGUUCACUGUGGAAUACUGAUAAAUAUAACUACAUGUAGUAAUUAUGACAUGCAUAUCAAAAGGAAAGUACACCACUAUGUUGUUCUCAUUUUUAUGAGUAUUAAUGUUCUUAAAUCUGUGAUAGCACCUUGCCUUGUGUUCUGAUUAUUUAUUCAGAACCAAGAUGUAAAUGAAAGUGUUAUUGAAGUGUGAGAAUUGCAUUGCAGUGUAUUACCCACUUUAAAAGGUCGUAUGUGAUGAUGUAUGUGGAGUUAUCUGGUUAUUGCUAGCGUUAGGGAAGGCCCCGUUUUCCAUUGCGUCAUUUUGUUACACAAUCAAAAUCUCUUUCAAACACAAAAUUACUUUUUCAUCAGUAUUAUGUAGUGGGAACAAUAUGAAUAAAUUUGGUUGUUUUUUUUUUGGAAGGGAUUGUGUUGAAAUUAUUUUUUUUUUUAAAGGUAUGAGAUUUCUUGUGAUCUUUUGUUGUUGUACCAAGUAUGAUAAAUAAGGUUCUUGUUAUGAAACGUGUUUUGUGAAAAAAAAGUAACCUUAUUUAUUAUGGGGAUUGUUUUGUUGAAAAUGUAUAGUUGUGUGUUAGAAGAUGUAGAUCUGUAUAUGACGGUUAAACUUGGAUUGUUGAACUACUUACCUUCCAUAUUUUUGCCAUUGUCCAGUUUUUGUUACUUUGUUUUAUUGUGUAAUAGUGUAAUUUUUCAGGCUGUAUUACCUCUUCUUAACAAAUUCUAUGCAUCACAUGAUUAAAAAUGCAUUAAUAUUUCUUUAAACAAUGUUGGCAUGUCGUUAAUAUAUUCAUGUUAUUUCAUUGCAAAAUUAGUGUUCUUUGUGCAUUUGUGUAUGCAAUGAUAGUUCAGACAGUAAGGAAAAUUCAAAUGUGCGUGGGCUGCAAAUAGUCUUUAUUCUAGUGGAAUAUCCUUGUUCUUUUAGGGUAUCAAAGUAACUGCAUUUGUUCAGUUCUCUAGUACUUAUAUAUAGACUAUAUUGCUGCAAUUAGCAGAGGAUGACUUUUUAGUCUAUAUUGUAUGAUCAGAAACUAUGAAAACUAUUGAAUACAUAUAUUAAAAUUAUAAUUAAAAGAUUAUGAUCUAAUGAAUGUUUUUAAUCAUGUGAUUGAAUGUGUGUGCCAUACAGGACUCUUACAGCUACAGGUGAUAGUCAUAUAUUAACAUAAAAUUGGUCGUAUGCUCUUUGUAUUAAAAUGUACAUAACAUCGUAUAGUCAUAUAGGUAAUAUUACUGGGUAUUGGUUAUAAAGAAUAUUUUUUUAUAAAAUACGAAAAAAACAGUAAGUGUGAAUGGUGAUGGACUUUGUAAACGUAUUCUCCCACAAGUUAAAUUUCUUACCACCUAUUUUUUUAAAAGAAUGUAACAUUCAUUGCCCCCAAUCUGAGGUACCUCAUAAAUUGUUCACACUGAACACGUUGCAAAAUUUGUGCUUCUUACAGCACAUUUGAAAAUAAACUGAUGAUAGUUGGAAAUGUGUCAAAUUUUUC